GGGACUUCGACCACUGGGCACGGCUUUCCUUUGUUCGUCGGCGUCUGGGCGUCUGGUUCUCCCGGACUGGUGUAAAGCUAAGCCAUUAUGCCUCGUGGUCAGAAGAGUAAGCUCCGUGCUCGUGAGAAACGCCGCCGAAACAGAGGUGAGACCCAAGGUCUUGUGAGUGCUCAGGCCACCACAGGAGAGGGGGAAAAGGCCACUCCUUCUUCCUCUCCGGUUUCUGGGGAUGCUUCUUCAGGCUCCCCUGUUCCUGGCACUUCUCAGGAGCCUCAGAAAGGCUUGGCCACCACCAGUGCUGCUGCACAUGUUUCACGCCCAAGAUCUAAUGGAGGUGCCAAACGCCAGGUUAAGGAAAGGAAAAAUUCCUUCCAGGCCUCAACUUCCAUUGAGAGUGUUCGCAAAGAUCCUCUAACCAAGAAGGUGGGGAUGCUGGUGCAGUUCCUGCUGUAUAAGUAUAAAUUGCAGGAGCCCAUUAAAAAGGCAGACAUGCUGAAGAUCAUCCACAAAAGGUACAGGGAGCACUUCCCUGAGAUCCUCAGGAAAGCCUCUGAGCGCAUGGAGCUGGUCUUUGGCCUAGAAUUAAAGGAAGUCAAGCCCGGCGGUCACUCCUAUACCCUGGUCAGCAGCCUAGACCUCACCGCCGAUGGCCGUGUGAGCAGUGCCUGGGGCUUUCCUAAGAAUGGGCUUCUCAUGCCUCUCCUGGGUGUGAUCUUCUUGAAUGGCAACCGCACCUCUGAGGAGGAAAUCUGGGAAUUCCUGAAUAUUCUGGGCAUCCAUGAUGGAAGGAGGCACUUCAUCUUCGGGGAGCCCAGGAAGCUCAUCACCCAAGAUCUGGUGCAGGAAAAGUACCUGGAGUACCGCCAGGUGGCCAACAGUGAUCCUCCACGCUACGAGUUCCUGUGGGGCCCGAGAGCCCACGCUGAGACCAGCAAGAUGAGAGUCCUGGAGUUUUUGGCGAAGAUCCACGAUACAGUCCCCAGCGCCUUCCCUCCGCAUUACGAAGAGGCUCUGCGAGAUGAGGAAGAGCGGGCCCGAGCCAGAGCCACAGCUGGGGCUGCCUCUACUACCCGGGCCGGUGCACGUUCCCAGGCCAAGUCCGGCCUCUCCUCUCCUCCCUAGAGAGGGCUGAGGCAGAUUCUUUGCUUUGUAAUUGGAAAGGCCUGUUAACUAGUGUUCCUGAUAUGCACAAAUAACUAGCUAUCUUUUUUUUUUUUUUUACAUUUUUCAAGCAGUGUUCCUUUCAACAGAAAGUUUAUUUAGAUUCAGAAUAGAAGUUUAUGAAUAACAUGUAUCACACAUUUAUUGCUGUUUAUCAGGCUUAGGAAUAAGAGUUUUUGUUUUUGUUUUUGUUUUGUUUUAUUUUUAAAAUACAAAUCGGAACUCCUUAAAUCACUUUUGUGAUCCAGAAUAAGCUAAUAUAGCUUUAGGAUAGGAAUAUCCUUGGAAAUGUAAAAGAGUUCCACACUAAAACAGUUGUCACCAGAAGGUACAUAGGUAGAUAGAUAGAGUGAGUGAGUAAAAAUUGGUUAAUUCUUGGUUUGUCUUACUUUUGCUAAUUUAAAAGAUGCAUACCUCAGUUUGUUUAUGUUUGUUAAGAAUGUUUGAGAA